CUAUCGCUCUCUAUUCUAACGGAAGCUGCAAUGCAACGUUGAAGCGAAAAUGAGGAUUUUGGUGCUUUUAUCGAUAGUGUCAGCGCUAAUAAUUGUGAAGUUUCAGUUCGUUCUUUGCGGCGGUAAAAAUCCUGGUUAUCUUUCAAAAGAAAACCUGAAGAACUCGAGACGAAUUUAUAUAAUCAAGUGUUGUGGAGGUUCGAAAUGUUCGGCAUCUUUUACGCGUAAACCGACGCGACGUUCGAGUGCUUUCGAAUCGAAUAACACCCAGCAGCACAUUAAAACAUUCACCACUCAAGGACAUUUUGAAACAGCCGAAACCGAAAAUGAGAGGAGGGAAUAUGAAAAUAAGGCUGAAACAACCCCCUCUGAACCAAACCAAAAUUAUCCCAUUGCGACAGAAACAAUUUCCUCUGAUCAAGGCAUCCCGUCCUCUGAGACAAAAUAUCCUAAAAGCACCUCUCCAGCAGCAGAAGCGAAAACAACCCUGACCACAGCUGCGAAACGUAAAGACGAUUUUCAAGACUCUUGCCUUCCUCUUAAGUGCAACAAAGACAGCACAGUGUUUGAUGCAAAUGGAAAAAUUAAAGAUGGAGAAAAGUACGGAAAGUGGACGCGCACUUGCGACAAAUCGUACCUUUUCUCUAACAAGCUUGGAACUUGGCAGCAGAAUUGGGACUUUUGUUGCAGUUUGGGCAUGCACCCGAUAUCGUUUAGCUCGGCGGCCGACUUUGAGUGUUUAGGCAAGACGACUAAAGCGAAGUGGACGCAAAACUGGAAUUAUUGGACGGCGGGACGCGCAAUGGGCAUCUGGGGUCAGUGGGCUUGGUGUCCAGGGGCCAUCGACCUGCCCGACUCGCUUUCCUGGGCUCCUGGGCAACCGGACAAUUAUCAGAAAAACGAGAAUUGCCUUCAUUUGCAAGUGACCAAAAAUGCGAGCGGAAUAAUUUUGUCAGACCGGAAUUGCAGCCAUAAGUACGUCAUGGCUUGCCAGCUAACAUACAAAUUCUGCAUGGUUUUCAGGGCGACGCGUUGA